AUAAACGAGGAGGAACCCACAACCGCAGUCAGAGUGCGACCGCGAUGGCCGUGUCACUCACAUUGGUAGUAGUAGUCGCUUUGGCGGCGCGCGCGCUCGCCGUCGACGUCACCGUGCUAGACUCGCCGGGAGUCAAGGCUCGACUCCAGGACAACCCGUAUGGCGGGCUCAACGUCGUGUUGGAACGGAAGGGCAUAUCCGAGGUGAUCACCGUGAUCGGCCGGCACGCUGGCACCAUCAAAGACGUGGUGCAGGACGGAGACAUCGUCAUCCAGUUCGCCAACGACACCACCGUGCGGAUCAGCAACGAGGAUAUCGCGGGCGAGAGAAAGGGACAGGUCAUCACCGUGACUUGGGAGGCGCCGAAGACUGUGAAGCUUGAGGACUGCGUCAAUUUGGGUUCCAACAAAUGGUACGGUGGUCCCCAACAAAAACGCCAGUAUUGGCCAAUCGAGCGUCUGAUUCUUCCCGACUAUUCCUACGUCACGAAAGAAGCAGAUAACUGUGGUGUAGCGGAACCCUACUGGCUCAGCUCUGCUGGUCUCUUCUUCUACUUCGACAAGAAAGUCCCUCUCUUCGUCGACCAGAACAACCAGGACAAAAACGCUGCUUGCUUCAAAGCCCAAAUCAAACCACCUUAUUCGAGCAAGAGAGAUCGCAAUGACCUGAUUUACGCAAUUGGAAUAUUCGAAGAUGUACGAAAGGCUCAUGAAUAUGCCGUAGAAAGAUACCUGGAGAAACCCACAGGAAUUCCUGACGAAAAAAUGAUAACGUAUCCAAUCUGGUCUACUUGGGCGAGGUACAAGCGGGAUGUUAACCACGACGUCGUGUUGAAGUUCGCAGACGAGAUCUUGAAAUACGAUUUUCCUAACAGCCAGCUGGAGAUCGACGAUCUGUGGGAGACAUGCUACGGUUCUCAGACGAUUGAUAAAGAGCGGUUCCCUAAUAUGAAAGGGACGGUAGAUCAGUUGAAAGAGAAAGGCUUUAGAGUGACUAUUUGGUCGCAUCCGUUCAUCAACAAAGGCUGUGAACCUUGGUAUUCUGAUGCUAAAGAAAAAGGCUAUUUGGUAUCCUCUGAAUACGGGUCAGUGGAGACGAGCUGGUGGAACGACAACGAGACGACGACGGCCUACAUUGACUUCACCAAGCCGGAAGUGAGGGAGUGGUUCUUGGAACGACUGAAGUCCCUCAAGGAAUCCACGGGGCUUGACAGCUUCAAGUUCGACGCCGGAGAGUCGAGCUGGUCACCUCAGAUACCAGUCCUGAAAGGAGACAUCAGAGAUCAGCCUGGAGUCAUUACUGCCGACUACGUGAGAGCAGUCUCAACCUUUGGUCCUAUGGUGGAAGUCAGAUCUGGAUACAGAACCCAAAACCUGCCAAUAUUCGUGCGCAUGAUCGACAAGGACACGUAUUGGACCUUCGAGAACGGGCUCCCGACCCUCGUGACCACGCUCCUGCAGAUGAACAUGAAUGGCUACCCGCUGGUGCUGCCGGACAUGAUCGGAGGCAACGGGUACAACGAGCCGCCCAGCAAGGAGCUGUUCAUACGCUGGCUGCAGGCGAAUACGUUCAUGCCUAGCUUGCAGUUCUCGUAUGUGCCUUGGGACUUUGACAACGAAACGAUCGCGUUAAGCAAGAAGUACGUAGACCUGCACGCGCAGUAUGCACCGCAGAUCAUAGCGGCGUGCGCAAACGCAGUGGCCACGGGCGCGCCCGUCAACCCGCCUGUUUGGUGGAUCGCGCCUGACGACAGCGAGGCUUAUGAUAUCUGGGACCAAUACAUGCUCGGCGAGACGAUCCUAGUAGCGCCAGUGCUAGAGAAGGGAGCGACGGAGCGCGACAUCUACCUGCCGGCCGGCACUUGGCUAGCGCAGGGCGAGCCCGGCCGGCGCCACGCGGGCGGCGACUGGCUGCGCCGCUACCCCGCCAAGCUGCACGACCUGCCCUACUUUAUUAAGGCGUAAUGAGGGAUAAUAUGUACCAGUAGUGUGGACUAUAGGGACAGAUGUAUCAGUAUUGCUUGUAAUAAAUUGUAGCGAAUUUUAUAAGAGCGUUUUUUUACUAUUAGAUAGUGUGAAGCGCUACCCCGCUAAGUUGCAAUAUCUACCCAACUAUAACGCUUGAUGUGAGCGAAAGAGAAAGAUGUAAUCUCUUCUAUUGGCGGUUUUCGUAAACA